CCGAUUGUAUGUUUAGAUUCGUUCGGUCUGCCAUAUUACAUGUUACCGUGUGAAAUUACGAAGACGUGUUCUGAAGAAUUUAAGCAAUGAACAAGAUUUACCUUUCGCCAUUUUUAAAAUGGGUGUUUUAGGCCAACUACCAGUUUCAGAUAGUGGAGCAAUGGGAGACCAAGAGCCUAGUAGCCCAGUUUCAGAUUCUGGAAUUAGUUCAGCUUCCAGUUUAUCACCACAAAUGUCUCUCAUAGAGGAUUGUCCUUCUAAGGCUGUACAAAGAGGCUACUCAUUUUUGCGAGAUAGAAUACAUGAAGAGGAACAGCUGAUUGGUUACCUCUGUGUUGUUUGUGAAACACGACAGCUAUCAGAUGAGGAGAAACUGGAAAUGAGGAAAGGAGGAGGAUGCCAUCUAAAACAAAAACUGAUAAAACAACUAGUAAAGAAAGGAGACGAGGCAUGCAAAGCAUUCUUGGACAAAUUAAAACAUUUCCACUGCUUGUAUACCCAAUUCUGUCAAACUAUGGAGAGUGAGAUGAGAAAUGUACUCUUGUGUAUUAAAUAUGUUCUUUUAUUGGCUAUUACAGAAUAUACUCAAUCAACACCUGUUUUAACACCGGAACAGUGGAGGUACCAUGAAGAUACCUUGAUUGAAGAAAUGGAACCAAGUCUUAUUUCAGAUGUUCUUUUUUGUCAUUGUGCACUAAGUCUCUCUGAUCUUGAUGAACUUGAAAAGCAUCGUGAAAGAAAAAAGAAAGCCAAGGCAGUGAUUGUAAAAAUUAGACAGGAAGACAAAAUGCAUGCACUUUGGCGUGCAUUAGAAAUCACCAAGUGUUACAAAGCUAUUGAACACAUCAGAGGCAAUGUGUGUGAUCAACAUGGUUCUGUCCCAAGUGACUCUGUAAGCUGUGUUAGGUUCAACUACAGGAAUCUUUUAACAGAAUUUAAAACUGAAGAGAGGAGACAAAUUGUAUUUGACCAUUUAAGAGAAGAAAUUUUUCAGCAUCUUAAUGCAUUGCCAAAGGUGAACCAUCUGAUCAAAACCAGUCUGCGACAAGAAGGAACUGGAUGUGAAAGUCUUCUAAUGUUUCUAAAAGAAGUAAACAAUGGAUUUUUAAGACAAAUGACAGCAAGGCUUGAUCACAGAAGAAAAAAUGGAAGAGAAACAAUACACAGAGAGCAUUCCAUCUCCUAUGAAAAACUGAGAACUCUGGAAAGCUAUCUUCUUGAAGAAUUAGAACCAAUGCCUGUAUCCAAUGUCAUGUUGGAAGAGCGAGCAUUCUCACUGGAUAUCCAUGACUCUAUUGAAGAACAAAAAGGGAGACGUAAACGAUCUGAGGCUGUAUAUAAUAGACUUUUAACAGACAGGUCUGAGCUGACAUUAGAAAGUUUCUUGUUUGCACUGUGGGAAAACAAGUCGGAACAUAUUUUAAACACAUUUAGAAGGGCAAGAGUUGGACAGAUUACCCAAACAGAGCAAAGAAACUUAGAUGAAGAUGAUGAUAAUGAACUCCCUGGCUUGCAGAUUGUACCAGUGGGUGGUGGAAUGCAACUGUCUGAAGACAUUGAAUUUUCAUCAGAUGUUGAGAUGAUUCUGUCUAUUCCUGUGGAGGGAGAAAGAGAAGUUAUCCAGCAAGCUGUAGACAGAAUAAACAAUGAUCCUCAGCUAAAAGCGAGGGUGACAGAGACUUCCCACAUGAAGAUAGACAGGGCAGAAGUGGGUUCUGUAAUCCUACAUUUAAUUCCAGUGACUGAUGACGCUUGCCACCGAUUUUUAGAUGAAAAAGGAAAACAUUUGAAGAAGAUGGUAGAAAAACUUCUAUCAGCUGCUGGAAUCAAAGAAGAACAGAUUAAAGGGAAUAUCUCAGUCAAAGUUUUUGCAUCUGAGAAAGCAGGUGAAUUGGAUGAGCAUGGAAUUGCUGAAAUGAAAAUAAGAGAGAAAUGGAACCUUCUUCUUGAGGAACUAGAACCCAUCAUCCUUGCUGCUAGUUUAAAAACAAAGGGGAUUUUCACAGAAGACGAUGAAAAGAACUUCAUUGAUGAUUCAACAAGGAGAGAAAAAGUAGAAAAAUUACUGAUAACAUUGUUAGCUAGCAAACGUGAAGAUAACAUUGACCAAUUUAUUGAAAGUUUGAAUGAAUUAGGAAGGGAAGACAUUGCUCUAGAAAUCAAACCAGAGCCAAACAUGCAUGAAGAAGCUGAGAAAGUUCGGAAAGGAUUGCUACACAAAUUUCGGACAGUUAUAGAUGAAAUGGAAUCAUCCAUUAUUGAAGAAACUUUAAAGCGAUGUGGUAUUGAGUCUGAGGCCAAGCUGAGCUCAAAAUUAGGAAAGAGUCGCAAGGAACGAGCUUACAACUUCCUGGUCUCGGUCUUGUUGAAUGAUAUGUAUGUUCUGGCACUGAAACAUGUAUUAGAGGACCAAGAUUUGAAUGAAUUGUUUGAAUUGCCAGAAGAAAUAGAAAGCUCUUUUGGAACAAAGCGUAAGCAUCCUGAAAAUGUUCAAGAAGGAGAUAUUCUCUUCCAAUGUGAAUACAAGUUAUUGAAGAAGGAGGAAAAAGGUCAGUAUGUUUGGAGCACAUUUCUUAUUACAUAUAUAGAAAGAAGUGCUGAAGAGAUACCUAAGUCAUCAAGUUUUCAUGAAGAAAUGGAAUUUAGCAGAGAAACUGAUAUGACCCCAAAGUCAUCAAGUUCUUCUGAGGCAAUAGUAUAUAUGAGAGAAACGGAGAUGAAGUCUGAAAUAAAAUCUGACCCAUUGUCAUCAAGACAGACUGUAAAACAAACCACUGUUUAUACCAGAAAGAAAGUCCUACAGCCAAAGAGAAGUCCUGUUCAGCGCAGUCAAGUCCCAGGAAAAAUAUAUGGGCGUCCAUGUUCAGAGAAGGGUGAAGAUGAAUGGUCAAUCGUGGUAGCUCUGGAUUUUGGAACAACAUAUUCAGGUUUUGCAGUUUGGAGAAAAGAAAAUCCCUCUGAGAUUUACCCUGGAAAGUGGAAGACAAACUCAACUGAAGUGCUGGAAUCACUCAAAACUCCCACAUCUCUCCUGCUGAACAAAAAUAAUGAACUUAUAGAAUUUGGAUUUGAGGCAGAGAGAAUUUUCAAAGAAUUACUGGAGGAUGGAUGUGAUAGUGAUUACAGAUUUUUCAGUAAAUUCAAGAUGUUUCUUCACCAGAAACAAACAUUUGACAAAGAAAUGGAAAUUAAAGAUCAUUUGGGACAUUCAGCAAAGGCAAUAGAUGUGUUUUUUAUUGCCAUUAAAUACCUGAAGGAUGAAUGCACACUUCUGCUCAAUGAGAAAAAUAUGAUGGUUGCUGAUGAGGAAAUACGAUGGAUCUUGACAGUGCCAGCGAUAUGGGAUGAAUCUGCAAAGCAGUUUAUGAGAAAAGCAGCAGAAAGGGCAGAAAUUCCAUCUCACCAACUGAAACUAGCUCUGGAACCAGAAGCAGCAGCAAUAUAUGUCAUUAAAGAAUCAAAACAAGUUCUUGGAAUAGAGUCCCUUACGACAUAUCAACCUGGUGCCAAAAUCAUGUUGGCUGAUCUAGGGGGUGGGACGGCUGAUUUCACAGUUCUGGAGUUAAUGGAAGACAGGAAGAUGAAGCAGUUGUAUCGAGCUAGUGGAGGAGCAUGGGGAGGAAAUAUGGUCAACGAAAAAAUCUGGAAAAUGCUGGAAAAUAUAUUUGGACGUGAUGUCAUUCUAGAAUUCAAGAAGCAAACAGCAGAUUACAUGGAAAUGGAAUACAAUAUUGAACUUAAAAAAAGAGAUCUCACUCUUGAAAGUAGAUUGCAACUACCUAUAUUCCCAUCCUUUUCUGAUCUUUGCAGAAGCUUGAGGGGUAAGACAUACAAGAAUUUGGUCCAGGAAUCACCCUUUGCUGACAUUGUAAAGGUUCGUGUUGGGAAGUUGGUAUUUGAACCAAAAAUGGUGGAGAAGAUUUUUGAUAUGACAUUAUCCCACUUAUUUGUCACAGUAGAAAAAAUUCUUGAAAGCCCAAGCACACAUGGAGUCAAAGACAUUAUUCUGGUUGGGGGAUUCUCACAGUCAGAGAUUAUUGUGAAGCAGUUUGAGAAGAGGUUCAGAAAAUACAAAGUCAUUAUACCAACAGAUCCAGGGCUUGCUGUGCUGAAAGGAGCCGUGAUGUUUGGACAAGACAUUAAUAUCAUUACUUCUAGGAUAAGUCCACACACAUACGGUUUUGAUACAAUGCAGUAUUUUAUGACUGGAGACCCACAAAAUAAGAGGAAAAAGAUUGAUGACACUUAUUAUUGUGUUGAUAUUUUUGAAAAGAUGGUUGCAAUCGGUGAAUCUGUGGAUGUUGGGAAGACAGUUGAAAAAGAAGUUUUUGCAGCAUCAGCUGAAAUGACAAAAAUGGUUUUGAAGUUUUAUCAGUCCAAUGAGGAGAAUCCACAGUUUGUCACUGAUAAAGGUUGUGAGUGUAUUGGCGAACUGUUGGUGGACAUGCCUGAUGUUAGGGGUGGUAAAGAACGCUCAGUGUUGGUGUCAAUCAAAUUUGGGGAAACAGAAAUCAUGGUAUGUGGUGUGGACAAAACAACCGGAAAUAGACAGGAAACCAAGCUUGAUUUACUGGGAAGGAACUACUGAAAUUACUGGGAAAUAUUCAGAUUUCCCACCGGGAAUGUUGAUAUCACUUCAACCUCAGACAACAGAAUUAAACAAAAAAAAGUGAAUUCCCUUAUUUUACAAAAAAUUUAAAAUGUAUUUCCCAUCUUAAUUCAGUGAUAUUUUUGUUUGUCAAAUGAAUAUUUAUUAACUUAAUUUUUUUUCUUUUUACAUGAAUGUAAAAUUUCUAUCAAUUGACCACAUAUAUUUUUAAUUCUUUUGGAGUCAACAUUUGAUAUGAACAUUGUCUGACUAUGUAUACAUGUAAAAGUACAUGUACAUAUUCAUACAUAGAAUGAUAAUCAAGUUUUGAUUUUUUUUUUUUUGACUUCAAUUUGAGAAAAUCAUGAAAAAAAUGUUUUAACCAGAUUAGAGGUUAUUGUUUGUGUAGCUAAAUAAUGUGAGUGAAUUUACAUUCAUGAACAUUUUUAAAAAUACCAUGGUUUUACACCAAACUGUAUAUGUACUAGUUCAAAUACAGUUUUAUCAGUUCUUGUUAAAAAUACUGUCAAUGUAUAAUAAUUUUCUAUGUAUUUUAUUUAGUGUCUUUGGUGGAAAGCAACUUUGGAAUCAGCCAUAUUAAGUGCAUUACUAAAAUCUUCCAUAGGUACAUUCAGAAAUGCCUGAACCAAAUCUAAGCUAAUUUUAAAACUUGUCAAAAAAUAAAUUUCUGCUAAAUAUGCUUAAUAUAUCUACAUGAGAAUAUUUCUUCAAGGUGAAUUGUUUUAUGCAUAACUACAGCUUUUUAAAAUAUUAUACAUUAUUUUUUUCAUUAACUGGCUCUGGAUGACAAGUUGUGUAUAUUCACAUUUAUUUUACAUUAAUUUGAAGAGUAUUGUUAACUGCAAAUAAUAGGUCUAAUGAGAUUACACUAUAAGGUCAUUCCAGGUUUUACCUAUCUGUGCAGCACCUGCUUAUCAUUCAAAAACUACUAUGAAACAUUACCUUCUUAUGAAUCACAAAAAAGUACUCUGACACACCAAUACUGUAAAACAUUUGCAGUGUUGACAUGGAAACUAUGUCAUUCAAACAACUUCAUUUCACCAUUGAGUUUGUUUUCCUCUUGUAGAAAGAUAUAUUUAUAAGUAUCCAAAAUAUUGAUACUUAGUUUAUUCCUUUCUUGUUGAAUUUGAAUUUCUUAACAAGUAUAGAUCAAAUGAAAUGAACUGAAUUCAAAUUGAUAUAAUUU